AUGCCGUGGUCGCAGCACGCAAACCCAGCAGCUUUGAUCACCAAUGACAGCACAGAUCAUCAGGCCGCCGGUCGAAACUGCCCAUAUAUUGGAGUUUCGACGCAUCCAUUGAAUUCAGUCUCUACCUCGCCAGCUACCACCGAUGACGAAGAUGAAGAAGUGGAGUGCGACGACCACGACCGCGAACUCGAGUACGACGAGGAUUACGCCGAUGGCCUUCCGCUUGACAGUCACGAGCUCAGCGAGUAUCUCACGACCUGCGGAGACAAUGUCGGCGCGCGGUUGGAAUUUCUGGAGCAAGAUCCUGUGGGGAAUGCCAUGGCGACAAAAGAGCAGCUAGAAGUCCAGGAUCUAAUCGAAUACUACCACGAGGACCGCGUCAAUGCAUUCAACCGGGAUUCCAGCCCAUUACAAGAUACCCCCAACGCCUCCCUGACGGAAGUCGGCAUGGACCGAGAGCGCAGCCCAUCAUCGAGAAGCCCCGAGCUGCUCGAGAGUGACAUUCGCGCUAAGUCCUGUGGAGUCGAAUAUCCCGUGUUCUAUCAAGGUGUGGCUCCUGAGGCUGUACGAAACUCAUACACAGUCGAAUCAUUUGAGGGCAAGAUACCCAACCUUGAUCUCUUCCUCCGCGACAACAUACAAAAUUGGUUGAGCGACAUUGAUUUCCUGGACGCUGCGCUUCCGAAUGGGGGUUGGAGUGAUGGUGUACUGCAAAGGAAGGGGGCCGAGAAGAGACGUUUGCACCAAGAGCUCUUCGACAUGAUUGAGACCGGUCGAGCGUACAUCGAAGAUGCCCCUAGACCAGAGAUAGCCUCGACAGAAGAACUAGUCCGUCAAGUAGAGGCUUGGGGACCAGAGGCGUUCGUCGACAUUUUUGCCGACGUUUUCGAUUCUGAUCCCGAGGAAGGUGCCAACGAAUUGGACCGGCAUGAGGUCUUCUGGCAGAAGGGCGCGAAGACAUCCGGACUUCUCCCAGCCAGGAAGUUCUGCGCUUCAGCCCGUAAACAUCAUCCCAUCCGUUGCGCUGAGGAUGCCAAGAUUCACAGCGUCUUAUUCGAUGUCUCCAAGUUCCAGGUCGCCAGGCUACACGGUAUAGAAGCCUUACUUGGACGCGUGGACGAAGCACUGUAUUUCGGAGCAAGGGCUGUCCCUCCUAGUGAGGCAGAGGAACUUUUGCGGCUGCAAAAAGGAUCACUGAUGCUCUGA